AUGUCCCACACCAACAGUAUAGCUGCACCUCCAGGGCUCCCGCCUAAUUUCGUUGCGUUCGCAACAGGUGGGACGGGAGAAUGGACGUCCAUCGCCGAAACGCGUCAGUACACGAAUGCGUUCAUCAUCCAGGAAGGAAAGAUCCUUCUUGGAUACAAGAAACGCGGUUUCGGGCUGGGAAAGUACAACGGCUUUGGUGGCAAGGUGGAUCCCGGGGAAACUCCUGCUGAGGCGGCUGUGCGCGAGCUACAGGAGGAAGCGGGCAUCUCGGCGCCGCUGGAGCACACCGGAACACUAGUCUUUCUCUUGGAUACCGUACCAUGGACGUUCCAUAUCGACGUAUACUCCGCCCGGGAGUUCACGGGAGAGCCGAUUGAAACGGAUGAAAUGCGCCCAGAGUGGUUCGCGCUUCCUUCUGACAUCGCCGGCGCAGCAUUCGUCAGCGACCUUCCCCAGAUACCCUACGAAACGAUGUGGGCCGAUGAUGUCUAUUGGAUGAGGCACUUGCUUCAGGGGAUACCCUUUGUGGGGCGAUGCGACUUCGAGAAAGACGGCCUGGAAGGCGAGGGGAGCAAGAUUGUGAGGUGGUGGUUUGGGGCCCCUCGACAUACGUAAGGUCAUUGAUGGUGUCGUACAUUGCUUCUACUGUCACACAUGCUGCUUCAAUUCAUCUUAGUUCCCC